AUGGCCUUGAAUGUUAAUAAGCAGCAAGACAUUCCAACGAAUCCGGCUCCGACCGUGCCAUUUAAUGAUGCUCAAUCAAGAGGACCAGAGCUUUUGUUUAGCCCGAUGACACAAGCCAAUUCUUUACCUCCCGGUACUAGAAGCUUAGUGGCACCGGUUUGCGCACAAGUAACAUAUCCAGGUGGAAGAGAGGUGACAUCAGUCACAUAUACACAACCGCAGCCAGCUGUAAAUCAGGCUCCUUGGUCAAAUCAACCACCACCAUUGUUGCCUGCACCAAGUUUUACGCAAAUGAACAGCAGCGAAGGGUUUAUCCAGGUUCCUGAGCCUCAAAUAAACCAGCAACAACAAGGCUAUAAUAAUCAACAGCAACAACAAAGCUAUAGCAACCAGCAACAACAAAGCUAUAACAACCAGCUACAACAAGGCUAUAAUAAUAACCAGCAACAACAAGACUAUCAUCAACAGCAACAACAAGGGUAUAAUUAUCAGCCACAACCUCAUCAGAAUUUGAUACCGACACCUAACUAUGCUUGGCCGAUGUCCAAUGGCUUUGGAAAUCAUCAACAUGUAAAUUUAUCCAAGUGGGGGAUUAAAUUUGAUGGGACUAACAAAUCUUUGAAUGCCCAGGAAUUUAUUUUCCGCGUCAACGAGCUACGAAGGGAUUAUAACUGCUCCGACACAGAUAUUUUGCGGCAUUUCCAUCAUCUGUUAGAGGGUCCAGCCUUAGACUGGUAUUGGAACCAACGCAAACUGACACAAAUAAAUUCUUGGCAAGAGUUGGAAAAUGCAAUUUUGAGUCAGUACCAGCGUUUCGAAAAUGAGUUCCAGGUACAGAUGCAAAUACUCAACCGCCGGCAGUUGCCUCAUGAGUCUUUUGAAGACUUUUAUAACGCCAUCAUUAAACUACGUCAUCAGCAAAAGAUGACGUGA